AUGGAAUUCGGGGUCCGUGUCAAAGGCUGCACAGCUGAGCAAUUUCCAGGUGGAAACCUAUCCCGAGGACAGACUUCUCCAAGACAGCUGCCUGCAUUCCACCUAAAGCGACGCAGGAAGAUCAGCCAGACUUGUGUUAAAGAGCGGGGACAGCUGAAGCUCUCCAUCCACAUGCAAGGCAGAAGGCUUAAACUUCAUGUCGUGGAAGCCAAAGGUCUCAUGGGGAAACACUAUCGAAUGUGCGACUCCUUUGUCAAGGUGUCCAUUGUGCCAGACACAUCGCGGAAAUGCAGGCAAAAGUCCAAGACCAUUUUGGGCAGUAAAAACCCUGUCUUCCACGAGCAAUUUAUCUUCUGUUUGCAGGAGGAAGACAAGCAAAAGCGCCUUUUGGUCACAGUCUGGAACCGACCGCAGGAUUCAAGGCAGAGCAGACUCCUUGGCUGCAUGAGCUUCGGUGUGAAGACCUUGCUGGGUCCAGAGAAGAAAAUUUGUGGCUGGUAUUACUUACUGGGGGAAGAUCUGGGCCGAACAAAGCACCUGAAAGUGGGCACACGGCACCUCAAGCCAGGCCAAGAGAUGACGUUAGCCAAGCCGGCGGCCCUAUUGAGGAAGCAGCAGCUGCAGCAGGACAUGGAGCAGAUCAAGAUUACAAUCCCACGUGGGAAGAAUGGGUUUGGUUUCACCAUCUGCUGUGACUCCCCUGUUAGGGUCCAAGCGGUGGAUUCUGGUGGCCCCGCAGAGAAGGCUGGCUUGCAGCAACUGGACACAGUGCUUCGGCUCAAUCAGCAGCCUGUCGAAGACUGGAAAUGCGUAGAAUUGGCCCAUGAGAUCCGGAACUGUCCCCAGGAGAUCCUCCUCCUUGUUUGGCGCAUUGUGCCGCAGGUCAAACCCAGCCCGCAAGGGGUCGCCACCCGACGCCCCUCUUGCAAGUCCACGUUCGAUUUGCAGUCUCCGUCCGCUCGGCGGGAGAAGAGCAGCAGCGGGCGAUCGCGGGUCCCCGAGCAUCGGCAGAGCUGCCACGUGUUGUACGAUGGGAACCCUGGGUUUGCGCUCAACGGCUGGGAGCGAUACACAGAGCUUGGCAAGGCUCCCCAGCAGCAGCAGCAGCAGCAGCAGCACACCAUGCCUCCGCCUUCCCGACCUCCGACCUCCAGUGGUACAGACAAGAACUACAUCAUCCUCACCCCACUUAAUUCAGGGGGUCAGCUUCUGAGGCGGGUCUGCCAGGAGGACAAAGUUGCUGGAGGCAAUGCGUGCAAAGGAGAAUCUCGCGGCAAGAAAUCCCGUCUCAUGAAGACUGUGCAAACCAUCAAGGGCCAUGGGAGCAGCCCCCAGAGCUGCCCUCUGAUGGCAUCCCACAUCCCACCCUCCAGUUACGGCACCUACGUAACGCUCGCUCCCAAAGUGCUGGUGUUCCCCAUCUUCGUGCAGCCUCUGGACCUUUGCAGCCCAGCUCGGACGCUGGUUUUAUCAGAAGAGCUGCUUCUUCAUGAGACUCGAAACAAACCAACUGAGGUGACCCUCUUCAUUUAUUCAGACUUAUUGCUCUUCACCCAGGAAGAGGAGCCUGGGCGAUGUAGCGUCUUUCGCAACCCGCUUUACCUGAAGGAUGUGCGACUGCAAGAGGAUUCCUCCUCUGAAGAUCUGAGGUUCUGCAUUCUUUACCUGGCAGAGGAGCUGGAAUGUGUGCUCAGCCUGCAGGCUCACUCCCAUGAGCAGAAGACCAGGGUGUGCUGGUGUCUGAUCGAUCACGUCUUGAAGCAGCAGCCAAGAACAACUCCAACAGCCCCUCCAGCGGAAAGCAAGAUGCUUGAGCCAGCAGCUGCGAAAUUAGGGGCAGUGCCCCCUGUGGGGCAGGAUGACAGCAGCCGCCUUGCCUAUCCUGUGAGGGGCAACUCCGUAGAGGGGCUGACGGGGGAAGCUGUGGCAGGAGUCCAGGGCGUCGCGAUGGAACAGGGGAAGCAGCCCCGCCACCUCGAGGAGAAGGAGCAGGAAACGCCCUGCAGUGGCCCCACUGCCUUUGCAAUCCCAAAGUUACAGGUGGAAGGUGCCUUUAAUCCAGACCUGACCUGCCUCACCAGCCUCAAGCUCAGCGGUCCAGAGGAAUUGGCCGAGGAAGAGGAGGAAGAGGAGGAGGAGGACAGUGGGGAGGCCUAUCUGGCCAGGGGGCAUCGAAAACGCUGCAGCUUGUUUGAAACGUCCGCGUGUCAGCCGGCCUGCACCCUGAGUGUGCAGAACUCUCUGCGGCGUCGGACUCACAGCGAGGGCAGCCUGCUUCAGGAGCCCCGAGCCGGCCACUGCUUCACCUCUGACACCAGCCUGAAUUACACCGAGAUGCAAGGACCGGCCGCCGGCUGGACGCUGCCCUCUCCACAGAGCCUCAAGAAACAGCUUCUGAAGAACGGGGGCUCCAUCCACCAACUCACGCUGCUCUUCGUUGGGAAUCGGAAGCAGCAGCAGCAGCAGACGCUGGACCCCGAAGGAGUUUGCGACUCAGGAGCAGCCCACAAGAUGAACAAGGCGAUGGCCAGAGACGUCAAGAACCGGCUGGGGCUCUUUCGGAAGCGGCAGGAAGCUCUCGGGGGGCAGCCUGAGAGCAAGGCCGACAAGGGGAUGAAGCUUCUGCGGCCCCCUCCUGAAGAAGCUCUCCAAUGGGGAGACUCGCUGGAAAAGCUGCUGCAGCAUAAAUAUGGGGUGGCUGCCUUCCGUUCUUUCCUGCGCACCGAGUUCAGUGAGGAGAACCUGGAGUUCUGGCUGGCGUGCGAGGAAUACAAGAACAUCAAAUCCCAGUCCAAGAUGAUAGCCAAAGCCAAGAAGAUCUACACCGAAUACAUUGCUGUCCAGUCCUGCAAAGAGGUCAACCUGGACUCCUACACCCGGGAAUACACCAAAGAGAACUUGCAGAACAUCAGCUGGGGCUGCUUUGACCUCGCCCAGCGGAGGAUCUAUGGCUUGAUGGAGAAGGACUCCUACCCUCGCUUCUUGCGCUCAGAGCUGUACUUGGACCUCAUUAACCCAAGGAAACCUGGCCCUUCUCUGUAGGUUCUCCCUCCCUCCCUCCCUCCAGGGAGCAGUUCGUUUACAAGUCAUUACAUUUUUGGCUAAGGGAUUGUCUGGAUAAAUAAAUCUGUCUUCCCACCCCAAGGGGCCUGGGGUUACAGAAAUAAGCAGCUUUACUCUUCCUUCUUUACGAGAACCUGCUUUUCCCCCCCCUCUGGUACGAUGAAGUCUUGGCACCCAAAAACUACAAAGGAGCAGACCUUCCAAUGGACGACUGUGAAGUCCAGCGCUUCCCUUCCACCUUCCUUCCGCUGUUCUGGAGGUGGCAGCGCGAUGAGUCCUUCCUGCACCCCGAACCUGCCUUGGGACAUCCGUGGCUUUUCAUAAAUGGGCCACAUCCUCACAAAGUGCAAGAUGGAGGGGAAGGAUCCCCUGCAGACUUUUGCAUUCGAUUCUGGGCCUGUUUUCUCUGGAGGAGAAAUCUCCCUCUUCACUGCCCUUCCCAUUAGUGCAACAGACCAUGGAAUUAUCCUGCUUCUCUUCAACUGUCUGAAAGGCACAACCCUUGCUCAGUUUAUUUAUUGAAGCCUUCUAGUGGGAUACCGUGUCUGUGAGAAUGUCUCCCUGUUGAGUUUCCUUUUAAAUUUAAGUGCAAUAUUUUUUUUUUUAUUACCCCAUUGCUAUCAUUUGUCUCCUGGUUUUCUCUCUUGACUCUUGGAGCGUGGAGCAGAAUGAAUGUAGUCUGUUCUCAGUCUUGUUCCUUAUUCUUCGGCUUUUGACACCUGCU